GGGGCUUAAUCCCGUGCACGGACGUAAAAGUGUCAGCCAUGGCUAACACUUUUACGUCCGCAGAAGCCGACCCCGACCCAUGGUGGGAGGCCAACAAACCCAAGUCUUUCGAGCAUGUCAGCUGGGACCCGAUGUGUUCGUGGGAAAGCAGGAUGCACGGUAUGGACUCGUCCAGCAGGCUAACAAAAGACCCGGCACUGGUCGAAGGAAGAGGCCAGAUGCACACCCUGCUUGCAGAGGGAUCGGGCCACGGGAACUUCGAAAGCUAUCACUUUAGGUUCAAUCACCCGCCGUCACCCAACUGGUACUGCCUGUGCGGGGAGGUAAAAGAAGUCGGCCACACCGACGCUUGCGAACUCAGGAGGGUGCCAGCGCCCUGGCGCAGGAAGCCCCUACUGGAAGCCAACAAUACCGAGGAGGCCAAGUGGUGGAGACGUGGCCUGAAUGCAAUGGUCCGCAUCAGGGUGGAAAAAGCCCUAAAGGACCUCGGAGCCACGCAAGUGAUGGUGGUUGAAAGGGACAGGAUUGGAAUCAUAGGGCAAGCCCCCCGGGUGGAGGACCCGGAUGAUUCGGACAAGGAGGAGGAGCUUCCGAUCGUGGAGGUCGGCAGAUUGGCAUAAGGGGACAAUGGGCCCAGAAGGAAAUAGAGGGUGGUAGGGGUAAGGUUUUACAGUUGCCUCGUGGUUAGAACUUUCCUUGUACCUAGCACCCUAGAGCCGGCGCAACGCGGCCACAGAAAAGCUGCCCAGCCGCCGUCGCGGGCACGUCAGAGACCCGCAGUGGUGGGUGCUCGCCGGGACUGACACGUGCAGGGCACGGGUCAGCAUCCGAGGCGCUGACGUUAAUGAAUUCUUCUUCUUCUUCUUCA